AUAUGGAUACUGCGACUGUCUCUUCCCCUUGGCUUCUGGGCUUGGCUACGCUUGCAUUAGCCAGCCUCCUUUAUCGGCUUCUUAAGAUCUUUAAUCGUCCUUCUCUUCCUCUCCCUCCUGGUCCUACACCAUGGCCUAUAGUAGGAAAUAUGCCUCACCUUGGCCCUAUGCCGCACCAGGCUCUAGCCGCCCUCGCUCGCCACCACGGUCCUCUCAUGCACCUCCGCAUCGGCGUCGUUCACAUAGUGGUGGCCGCCUCCGCUUCAGUCGCCGAGCAGUUCUUGAAGGUUCAUGAUGCCAACUUCUUGAGCCGCCCACCCAACGCCGGAGCCAAGUACUUGAUGUAUAACUAUCAUGACCUCCUCUUCGCUCCCUACGGCCCACGGUGGCGGAUGCUCCGAAAGAUCACCGCCGUCCAUAUGUUCUCCAGCAAGGCCCUCGAUGAUUGUAGGCAUUUCCGUCAGGAAGAGGCAAGAAGGCUGGUAAGUAAUCUGGCAAAGGUUGGGUCAAGUGCUGUGCAAUUAGGGCAACUGGUGAACAUAUGUGUGACUAACGCGCUAGCAAGGGCAAUGAUAGGGCGGCGCGUGUUCAACGACGUUAGCGGCGGGAGCGAUCCCAAGGCGGAGGAGUUCAAGUCAAUGGUAAUGGAAAUGAUGGAGUUGGGCGGAGUUUUCAACAUCAGUGACUUCGUCCCGGCGUUGGAGUGGCUCGACGUCCAAGGAGUUCAUGCCAAGAUGAAGAAGCUGCACAAGAGGUUCGACUCAUUCCUGACCAACAUCGUCGAGGAACACAAGGCUUCUGAGAGACACAACCACAAGGACUUGUUGAGCACGUUAUUGUCGCUUAAGGAAGUUCAGAAUGACGAAGGAGCUACUCUCACCAACGUUGAGAUCAAGGCCCUACUUAUGAACUUGUUUGCCGGUGGGACAGACACGACAACAAGCACAACGGAGUGGGCCAUGUCAGAGCUGAUUAAGCACCCGAGCAUGCUGGCUCGAGUCCGGCAAGAGCUAGACUCAGUUGUGGGUAGAAACAGACUCGUGAACGAGUCAGAUCUACAGAAUCUGUCAUACUUGCAGGCUUUCAUAAAGGAGACCUUUCGUCUCCACCCUCCAACUCCUCUCUCUCUGCCGAGGAUCUCAGAUAGCGACUGUGAGAUCUUGGGUUACCACAUCCCCAAGGGCGCGACUCUGCUGGUGGAUAUCUGGGCCAUAGGUCGUGACCCUAACGAGUGGUCCGAGCCGUCGGUGUUCAAGCCUGAGAGGUUCCUUCCCGGCGGCGAGAAGGCUGACGUCGAUAUUAAGGGGUAUGACUUUGAGGCCAUCCCGUUCGGUGCUGGUCGUAGGAUCUGUCCUGGCGUGAGUCUGGGCCUCAGCAUGGUUCAGCUUCUAACAGCAACUAUGGCCCAUGCUUUUGAGUGGGACCUGGAGGAUGGAGUUAACCCAGAAAAGCUUGACAUGGAAGAGGUUUAUGGGAUAACCCUCCAACGAAAGGUCCCCUUGGCAGUGAACCCAAGACCCAGGCUCGCCCCACAUGCUUACUCCUAGUUUGUCCGCCUUCAUCCCAUGUCUCAUGUUUUGAGCUGAAGACUUUAGACUGUCUGCUGAUAGCCAAGUUAAAUAAAUCGUAGACAAAUAUACGAGUGUGUCGGAUAUAUUUCUUAAAUGUGCUUUCUGAUGUGCUUGCAAAUAUUUUUUGGGUUCCGUUGCCCCAUGAGAUGUAGAAUUUCUAAAUAAAA